GUCCAGACGGCGCCUCCGUUAAUGACAGGAGAGCAGACGCCUUCCCCUUCUUAUUCUCUUCCUCCCAUAAGGCAACCAAUUCCUCUCAAUUAUAUGGUUUACGACCUCUAGGGCGAAUUCUCCUUCUGGCGAAACAAGUGAAAAAACCAACAAAUAAUUGUUCUUUUGAUUUCCCUAAAAGAGAUUAGAAACCUUCGUUUAACAAUGACGACGUUAAGGCCAUUCACCUGUGAUGAUAUGUUUCGAUUUAAUUUUGUAAAUCUUGAUCCGCUCACCGAGACGUAUGGGCUCACCUUCUACCUCCAAUACAUGGCUCAUUGGCCAGAAUACUUUCAGCUGACUGAAGCCCCUGGUGGUGAAAUCAUGGGAUACAUUAUGGGUAAAGCAGAAGGGCAUGGCACCAACUGGCAUGGCCAUGUCACUGCUCUGAGUGUAGCACCAGACUACAGAAGGCUGGGACUAGCAGCAAAGUUAAUGUCUGGACUGGAAGAAAUUUCUGAAAAGAAACAAGCGUAUUUUGUCGACUUGUUUGUCAGAGUUUCCAACACAGUGGCAAUUAACAUGUACAAAAACCUAGGUUAUAUUAUUUACAGAACAGUACUGGAAUAUUAUUCAGGUUCACCUGAUGAAGACGCUUAUGACAUGCGGAAAUCAUUAUCGAGAGACGUGGAUAAGUUAUCGGUAGUGCCUCUCACCCAUCCAGUCAGACCAGAAGAUAUUGAAUAAACCUCAUUUCUAAA